AUGCGGUCCAGCCUCCCAGCUGGUUUUAGGCGUGAUUGGUCCGACCUCCCAGCUCGUUCUAGGCAUGAGCGGUUCGGGCCCCUUGCAGCCAGCGUUCAAGGCAUGCCCAUGUUGAAUUCAGGGUUUCUGAAUGAUGAGUAUCCUAUGAAAUCGCCUGCAAUCGCCAAGGAUGAUGAAAUUAUUUGUGAACAUUGUGGUAAAUGGCGUCCAGAAAAUGCUUCAGCAGUUGUGGGUGUAUGGUUUUUAGAACAUAUGAAGACGAAUCCUGCUUGUAGUAUCGCCUACAGAGACGGAACCAUUCCAAAGCUUGAUCCCGUCCCUACUUCUCCUCAAUAUAUACCGCCGACAGAAAAUCAACAGCCUCAAACUCAAGUAGAUCAAACUUAUGUCGACGCACGCCACUCACAACAACCUCUAGCAUACCAACCUCAAAUGUUUUUCGAUCCGCGCGUCUUACAGCAACCUUCAGCUCAGCAACUUCAGCCCCAACCAUAUCAAACUUAUCAAACUCUACACCGCCCACAACAACCUCAACCCCCAACUUAUCAAACGACAUACCCCGCACCACAACCUCAAUACCAAGAUUAUGCAGCUUAUGAUACCUCCCUACCGCCAAACCAGAUGACAAAUGCCAGCGACAGCAGCCAGUGGUGCUCCAAUCCCUACAACAACAACUAUGAAGAAUUCGUCGACUAUUCGCCACGACCAGAACCGCAACCUUCCACCGCGACUAGCGGAGCCUGGCAGAGCAGUGCUGGACAGCCGGGUCUUCGAAUAAUCCCUCGCUCGGCAUUACCUCGUAUGUCCAAUAGCCAAGAGAGCCGUGAUAGGCGGUGGGCACGAUAG